AACAUCGAUACUGCUGUGUGUUCAGAGGAGUUCCCCAAAGUUCAUCAACCCUGAAAUCCAGCAGCUACAAACCUCAGAGGACCAGAAACAACCAAACUCUUCAGAUCAGAAACACUGUAGAGAACCAGAACCAAGAGGAACCUCAGAGUCUGAGCCGACGAUCUCCAGGAGUAUCUAGGUGUUCCUCAGGACUCCAGGUGCCUCCAAGUGCCUUCAGGUGCCUCCAGGUAUCUCCAGGUGUUCCUCAGGGUGCCUCCAGGUAUCUCCAGGUGUGCCUGGGUCCAUCCAGCAGCAUGGCGGUGAUCCUCCAGGUGGUGGGUCUGGUUCUGGGCGUGGUCUCCUGGUGCCUCCAGUCCAGCUGCACCUCCUCCCAGGUGUGGAAGGUGAAGAGUCAGGGCGAGUCGGUGAGCAACAGCCAGUGGACGUUUGAAGGUCUGUGGAUGAGCUGUGCCGCCACGUCGCUCGGUUCAGUCCAGUGCAGCCGCUUCAAGACGGUCCUGGGACUCCCUGUUCACCUGCAGACCUGCAGAGCUCUGAUGAUCAUCUCGCUGCUGCUCGGUUUCGCCUCCAUCAUCGUCUCGGUUCUCGGACUCAAAUGCACCAAAAUCGGCCGAGCGUCGGAUCAAGUCAAAGACCAGAUCGCUCUGAGCGGAGGAGUCAUGUUCAUCCUGUCUGGUGUUUCCACUCUGACUGCAGUUUCCUGGUACGCUGCCAGAGUCAUCCAGGACUUCAAUGAUCCUCUCUAUGGAGGAGUCCGGUUCGAGCUCGGUGCUGGUUUGUAUCUGGGUUGGGCAGCUUCCAGUUUGGCUUUACUGGGAGGAUCGAUGCUCUGCUGCUCCUGCAGGAGGAAAAACUCUGGACCUCCUAUCAGGCAGUUUUUGUAUUAUUCCAGCUCUGGUCGAGGUCAGAACAUCUACAGAUCAGCAGCAGCUUCAGACAGCAGCAGCUCCAAAGCUUACGUCUGAACGUCGAAACAUCGUGUUUAUUUUCUGUCUGAAAACUUCCAAUUUUCUGUUUAAUGUUGUAAAUAAAAUGUUUGUUGAAUCUCA